AGUUCUCUCGCCCGGUUGGGGAGGAGGGGGGAAGUUCCUGCGAUUCAACUCUGAGCGAUCGACUUGCUCUCUCUCUCGGAAAGUAAACGCUGUGUGAGUCACCGACUCGGAGGUGCAGAUCGGUGCGCGGAGCGGACCCCUGUUAUGCGCUUGAGGAACUCGCUUCAACUGGCUGGACGCGCGCGCGGUCGCACAGUUUAACGCGAGGCGACGGUUGUGUCGGUGGACGGUGGCACGAGCGGCGGCUGACAGUUGAUUCCAGUGAGCGGUGGGAGAUCCCUCCGUUUUCCCCGACCGGCGAUGACCGAGGACGCUGGGACAUCCAAGCCCGGAGGCGUUAUUGCCUACGUUGCAUCCAGCUCCGCCUCCAGCAGCGGCAACCUGUCCCCUGCCCUGACUCGCCCAUCGCUGCCCAGCAGGGCUGUGGGGAUCGUGGUGGACAUCGCUCCUCCAGCCAAGAACGGGCAGUCACGCAGCCACGGCGUGGAAAAGGCCGGGCGCUCCUCCUCGGCUGCCAAGAGCAGCAUCACGAAAAUCAAUGGCAUGGUGCUGCUGUGCAAGGUGUGUGGCGACGUGGCCUCAGGCUUCCACUACGGCGUCCACGCGUGUGAGGGUUGCAAGGGCUUCUUCAGGAGGAGCAUCCAGCAGAACAUCCAAUACAAGAAGUGUCUUAAGAUGGAGAACUGCACCAUCAUGAGGAUCAACAGGAACCGCUGCCAGCAGUGUCGGUUCAAGAAGUGCAUGGCUGUUGGCAUGUCCAGAGACGCUGUCCGAUUCGGCCGCAUCCCAAAGCGGGAAAAGCAGAGGAUGCUGCUAGAGAUGCAGAACGCCAUGAACAACAUGAUGAGCAGCAACAGCCAGCUGCACAGCAUGCUGCACGGCCACCAGAGCCCGGCGCUGCCCAUGGAGGCCAUGGCGAGCGACGCCAGCUCCUCGCCCUGCUCUUCCGCCUCCUCUGCUUCCGAUUCCCCGUCGUGCUCCAACCCCUCCUCCCCACAGUGCCCCCAAGACUCGGAGUCUGUGAUUUCCAUGGACACCAACUCCAGCUCUGCGUCCUCCUGCGCAUCAGACAGCGGCGAGGACGAGGCCAUCGUUACAAUGGGCCAGCAGCACCAAGAUGCCUUCGAGUUCAGCCAGCAGAAGUCAGGAGGAGAGGCCUCUCCUUCACCGGGCAGCGUUGCCCUGGAAACAGUGGGGGACAGCUGCAUGGAGGAGCCGCAGGAGACCUGGAGCUGCUGGAACAACAAUGUGGUGGCGGGAGGUUACCAGCACGGCCCCUACGGAAACGGCAGACACGCCACGGCUGCGUAUGGGGAGGACGGAGGGGAGAAUCAGCAGCAGCCUAAGCAGCUCAGCAGCGCCCCCUGCUGUGCAGCGUCAGACACAAGCCAAAGACCGCAUGAGUUCGCCACACAAACAGCCUCCUGCACGUACGCUGGGCCUGCCAGCUGUGUGAAUAACCGAGCCCACUUGGUCUGUCCAAUGAACACGUCUCCCUAUGUGGAUCCCAACAAGCCAAGUCAGGAAAUCUGGGAGGAGUUCUCCAUGAGCUUCACUCCUGCCGUGCGGGAGGUGGUCGAGUUCGCCAAGAGGAUCCCAGGCUUCCGUGACCUCCCUGAGCACGACCAAGUCAGCCUGCUGAAAGCUGGAACGUUCGAGGUGCUGAUGGUCCGAUUCGCUUCUCUGUUCAAUGUGGCCGAGCGAACGGUGACGUUUCUGAGUGGCAAGCGCUACAGCCUCGACACGCUGCGGUCACUUGGUGCUGGUGAACUGCUCAACUCAAUGUGCGAGUUCAGCGAGAAACUGGCCGGGCUGCGGCUCGACGCGGACGAGAUGAGUCUUUUCACGGCUGUGGUGCUCGUUUCAGCCGAUCGCUCAGGGAUCCAGGACCUAAACUUGGUGGAGGCUCUGCAGGACAAACUGAUCCGCGCACUGCGCAACCUGGUGAUGCAGAACCACGGCGACGAGGCCGCCACCACCUUCACCAAGCUGCUGCUCAAACUUCCCGAGCUGCGCUCGCUCAACAACAUGCACUCGGAGGAACUGCUCUCCUUCAAAGUGCAUCCUUGAAAGCUUCCUUAGAGAGGAAACCUGGACCCUCCAGCCGCCCCACACACUUCCGCCAGGACCUGCCUCUUACCGGCCCAUCUCUCACUCUGUGCGCGACCAACGCAGUUGUGUGUUAGUUUCUAAAAUGGACUAAAUGUUGCUUUUAUUCUAUUUUUGUUAAGUUUGACCAUGUGAGGUCUUAAAAACAGACAAAUAUAAUAUGUACUGUAUGUAUAGACGAGACUGCUACGCUUGUUGCACACAACAUUUUAUUUUGGAGGCACUUUUCUAAAACAAAUGAGAAUAUUAAUCUGGCUUUUAUGACAUGAGACAGUGAAACCGCUUAAUCUGUAUGUGUUUUUAAGUUCCAAGCAUUUAUAUUUCCUCAAAAAGCCAUCAAAUUCCAAAGUGUAUUAAUAAGUUGGUGAAUGUGAGACGAUAUUUACCUUAAAUACCGCAUGUUUGUUUGGUCUGAUAUUUUGACUGAUACAUGUUGGAGAGAAAGGCAAGCUAUGGAGAAAUAUACCGAAUGUGUGACGAUCGCUGCUAAUGCAUGGCUAUACUUCAUACGAAGACCUAUACUACACGGCUCGUUUCCCCUUUGCCUCAAAGAGAAUCUGUUUAUUGUUUCUGAGUGUAUAGCGUUGUAUGUUUCCUUUUAUUUAAAUGUAUGUUGUUUUUUUUGUCAUGUUAAAGUCAACGUCAACUGCCUGGUGAUUCCUGGGGGCUCGUCACCUUCAGUAACACUACAUUUGCACAAGUUCAGAAGCAGAAAAACCAAGUAACACAAACCUUUUUCUGGUUUAUGUGACACUUUUUUUUAAAAGACCUUUGUGUGUUUUCAGCAUAGCACUGAAUUUGACAGUUGUUCUUGUCAUCUGUUAUAUUGAAAUAUCUGUUUCUUCUACUGGCAGCACUGCCAUCUGUAAAUAUCUAUAUAAAUAUCUGAAAAACAUAGAGUAUAAAUGAUAUGCUAUGAAUAAAACAAGUGAACAGUA